UAAAGAAGCUUUUUGUCGUUGAUUCCGAGUGCUUUGAGCCGCUCCACUUCUUCUUGUAUACCUUUCAAAUUCGCGUCUACUGAUUCUUCAUGCGUGGGAAGUAGCGGUGUUUUCGGCGGCGAAGGAAGAGGAGUUCGAGAGGUUAGGAGAUGGGCAAGGAAUCGAUCGAAGUCCAUGAAGGGUAGGCUGUCAUGUAAUGUCUCCAGAGAUCGCAAUGGUGGCCAGAAGCGUCUUAUUUCUCCUACAGAAAUAUCAUCUUCAGCUUUGUAGGUUUGAAGACGGGGAGCACUAGAAGAUCUCGCGAUGACUGCUGUGGACAUCACGGCAGGAUUCGGUAUAUAUGUUUGUCGACGACUUUUAUCCGAAUGAUCACCACCGCAUUUUCCCAUGAGCACAUUGGUGCUGAUCAGGCGAUUCUGGACUUCAGAACCUCCUGUUAGUAGAUUCACAGUAUGA